CAGUUGUAACGUACCUACAUAUCUUUUUUUAAUGCUGUAUCUGGACAACUGAAAUGAGACUGAAGACUUCACUUUUAAAGGAACCAAAACAUAAAGAAUUAGUUAGCUGCGUGGGAUGGACUACAGCUGACGAGCUAUAUUCCUGCAGUGAUGAUCACCAAAUUAUGAAAUGGAACCUUUUAACUAGUGAGACUACUCGAGUGGUGAAACUUCCGGAUGAUAUUUAUCCCAUAGACCUUCACUGGCUUCCUAGAAGUAUAGGUGGGAAGAAGCAGUCCCACGCCGAGAGCUUUGUUCUAACAAGUUCUGAUGGAAAGUUCCACUUGAUUUCAAAGUUAGGAAGAGUAGAGAAAAGCGUAGAAGCACACUGUGGAGCUGUACUCGCAGGAAGGUGGAAUUACGAAGGAACAGCACUGGUUACAGUUGGUGAAGAUGGCCUAGUGAAAAUCUGGUCAAAAAGUGGAAUGCUGAGAUCCACUUUAGCUCAGCAAGGAACACCAGUGUACUCGGUAGCCUGGGGACCUGAUUCUGAAAAAGUUCUCUAUACUUCAGGGAAGCAGCUGAUUAUUAAACCUCUUCAGCCAAACGCUAAAGUUUUGCAGUGGAAAGCCCAUGAUGGACUUAUUUUAAAAACUGACUGGAACUCAGUUAAUGAUCUUAUUCUUUCUGCAGGUGAAGACUGUAAAUAUAAGGUUUGGGACAGUUAUGGGCGUCUGCUGUACAGCUCACAGCCCCAUGAAUAUCCUAUAACCUCUGUUGCCUGGGCUGUGGAUGGAGAAUUGUUUGCUGUGGGAUCUUUUCAUACUUUGCGUCUAUGUGAUAAAACUGGGUGGUCCUAUGCUUUGGAGAAGCCGAACACUGGCAGCAUAUUUAAUAUCGCUUGGUCUAUUGAUGGCACUCAGCUAGCCGGGGCAUGUGGAAAUGGGCACGUCAUUUUUGCCCAUGUCGUGGACCAGCGCUGGGAGUGGAAGAACUUUGAAGUAACGUUAAUUAAGAGGAGAACCAUGAAGGUGCAGAAUGUUAUUAAUGAUGUGGUGGAUUUGUUGGAAUUCCGUGACAGAGUUAUAAAGGCCUCUUUGAACUAUGGGCAUUUGGUUGUUUCAACUUCUCUUCAGUGUUACGUGUUUUCUACAAAGAACUGGAAUACGCCACUGAUCUUUGACCUGAAGGAAGGAACAGUUAGUUUGAUUCUACAAGCGGAAAGGCAUUUUCUUCUUGUAGAUGGCAGAGGACUUUAUUUAUAUUCAUACGAAGGAAGAUUAAUUUCCUCUCCCAAAUUUCCAGGAAUGAGAACAGACAUUCUGAAUGCCCAGACAGUAUCUCUGAGUAAUGAUACUCUAGCGGUAAAAGACAAAGCUGAUGAAAAAGUUAUCUAUAUAUUUGAAGCUUUAUCUGGAAAGCCACUGGGAGAUGGAAAGCCUCUAACCCAUAAGACGGAAAUUGUGGAGAUUGCUUUGGACCAGAAAGGACUUACAAGUGAAAGAAAAAUAGCUUUUAUUGAUAAGAACAGAGAUCUUUACAUUACUUCAGUUAAACGGUUUGGAAAAGAACAGAAGAUUGUCAAAAUCGGGACAAUGGUUCAAACUUUGGCUUGGAAUGACACGUCGAACAUUCUUUGUGGGAUUCAAGAUAGCCGUUUUACAGCCUGGUACUACCCCAACACGGUCUAUGUAGAUAAAGAUCUUUUGCCAAAAACUCUGUACGAAAAAGAUGCAAGUGAAUUUAGCAAAAAUCCCCAGAUUGUACAUUUUGUAGGAAAUCAAGUAACAAUUAGAAGAGCAGAUGGUUCACUUAUUCACCUUAAUAUUUCACCUUAUCCUGCGAUUCUUCAUGAAUAUGUUAGUAGUUCUAAAUGGGAAGAUGCUGUCAGAUUGUGUCGCUUUGUCAAGGAUCAAACUAUGUGGGCGUGUUUAGCUGCUAUGGCGGUUGCCAACAAGGACAUGGCUACGGCAGAAAUUGCCUAUGCAUCAGUUGGUGAGAUUGACAAAGUUCAGUAUAUCAAUUCCAUCAAAGAUCUGCCAUCAAAAGAGUCAAGGAUGGCUCAUAUCCUGCUGUUCAGUGGAAACACCCAAGAAGCUGAAACCCUGCUGCUUCAAGCUGGGCUGAUCUAUCAAGCUAUUCAAGUCAACAUUAAUCUUUACAACUGGGAUAGGGCCCUAGAACUAGCAGUAAAGCACAAGACACAUGUUGACACAGUCCUGGCUUAUCGACAAAAGUUCCUAGCGGUCUUUGGUAAAAAAGAAACAAACAAAAGAUUUCUGCAAUAUGCGGAAGGUCUGGAAGUUGAUUGGAAUAAGAUUAAAGCCAAAAUAGAGAUGGAAAUUGCUAAAGAAAGAGAACGAGCAGCAGCCAGUCCUGCAGUGAGAGCUAGUGUCACUGUACAGCAAUAACUGUGCUUUUGGUCACCUGAAGAAGUGCUUCUGGAAUAUUUCGUACUGGCAUGUUUUGACAAACACAAAAAACAACCCCGCAGCAAACAUUUUGCGGGGCGCAGGAAUGAGAAUUCGUGUAGGUCUUGUUAAUU